ACACAACCCGGAGUUCAACACGCUGAACCGAAAAACACGACCGCCUCCGCGUCCUCAUCUCCACGGCUUCUGUUUCUGCUGCCAGGAUGAUCAUCUCUGACGGAAAUACACAACGUAGAACCAGCCGCCCAUGUCGUUGUUGAGAGAGAGCGUUAUUUAACUCUAAGAGGAGCACAGUAAACCUACUAGCUGAUUACCUCAACUUUUAUCGACCCCGUCCGAGUCUUAACUCGCAUGGUCGCUCUGAAGCUGUGAACCAACACUGUUUCUCUGGGGUUCGGCGGUGCGUGGGGAUGUCGGGAUGUUUCUGAGUACGAGGCAUUGACGGUGAGGUUCAUGAGUCCAUCAUUAGCCCAUUUGACGGAUUACUUUGUCUGACCGCCCCGGCUAGCCUGCUAACUAGCCACAGAGCUAACUGCUAGCCUCGCUGCUAACACCUAGUUAGUAUAGUUCAGUCUUUUCCACUGCAACUAUGCCGGCGAUGUUGGAGAAGAACGGCAUCGAGAUAACUGGAAAGAGACGGGGCAGGAACGCCGUAAACAACCCGAACAAAAGUUAUCAGUCCAACGGAAACAGCGUCAACUCCUGGGAAGAGGGGAGUUCGGGCUCGAGCAGCGACGAGGAACACGGUGGCGGUGGGAUGCGAGUUGGACCGCAGUACCAAGCCAUGGUACCGGACUAUGACCCAGAUGUGGCGAAGACGGCCCAGGAGCGAGAGAACCUGGGCAUGCUGGUCUGGAUCCCCAGCAUCUCGCUGGCCGACACCAAAUUGGACGAAUACAUCGCCAUCGCCAAGGAGAGACACGGCUACAACAUGGAGCAGGCGCUGGGGAUGCUGUUCUGGCACAAGCACAACGUGGAGAAGUCUCUGGCCGACCUGCCCAACUUCACCCCCUUCCCCGACGAGUGGACGGUGGAGGACAAGGUCCUGUUUGAGCAGGCCUUCAGCUUCCAUGGCAAGAGCUUCCACCGCAUCCAGCAGAUGCUGCCAGAUAAGUCAAUGGCCAGCCUGGUCAGGUUCUACUACUCUUGGAAGAAGAGCCGCAGUAAGACAAGCCUGAUGGACCGCCACGCCCGCAAGCACAGGAGAGAGAGAGACAGGUACGCUCUAGUAACCAUGGUUACCGCCACGCCCGCAAGCAGAAGAGAGAGAGACAGUGAGGAUGAGGUGGAGGAGGGGAACGUGAACGCUCCAAGUGACACAGAAUUCCAAGACCCGACCAAGGAGGUGGGGUCGGCGGUGCCUGAGAGCUCCCAGGUGGCUCCGUCCAGCGAGCAGAAGCCGGCCCCCGUGGAUAAGCCCGUCCACGUGAAGAGGGAGGGGCCCGGCUUCUCCGGGAAGACCCUGCAGAGGACCAAGAAGAAGCCGCCCAAAGGCAUGCACCUGACGCAGGGCGACGUGGCGGCCCUGUCCUGUAGCGCCCCCGCUGCCAAGGGGGUGAUACGGCAGCUGGACUCGGAGCUGGUCACCAUCAAGCGACAAAUCCAGACCAUCAAACAGGCCAACGGCACGUUGAAGGACAAGCUGACCUCGGGAGUGGAGCAGUACAGAAUCCCUGAGGUGAACCAGAAGUUCAACACCCGCUGGACCACAGAGGAGCAGCUCCUCGCUGUCCAAGCCAUCAGGAAGUACGGCCGGGACUUCCAGGCCAUCUCGGACGUGAUCGGGAACAAGUCGGUGGUGCAGGUGAAGAACUUCUUCGUCAACUACCGGCGCCGCUUCAACCUGGACGAGGUGCUGCAGGAGUGGCAGGCGGAGCACGGCAUGGAGGGGGAGAGGAGAGGAGGCGCAGGGGAGGAGGAGAAGAUGGAGGUGUCUCCGUCUGCUGAGGAGGGAGGGGUCACGACCCCGGCCACGCCCGAGGAGCCGAAGGAGGAGGAGCCCGCGACGCCCCAGACCUCCUGAGAAACACACACACACAUACACUUACACACAUACACACACACACCGAUAUAACGAGGAUACCAUGGCAACUGAUGGCUGGGAGCUGGCAGCAGGAAGUGAAGAAGAACGCCUUGGAUUCCAGCCCUCGGUCACUGGUCCCAGUAGGAGCUGGUGGGAGGUCACUGGUUUUUAAAACUGUUCAGGGUUUAUGGAGCUGUCUCCACUUUAAAACUCUUGUCGUGUAGAUUGGUGGUAUGCUGUAAGUAAUGACUAUUCCUGUUAAACGCUCUAUGGGAACAAUCGAUAGGCUUUGACCCUUUUAAGGCUCUUUUAAAUCAUGAACUCACGAUUAUUCUUUCUUUUUGUCUCUUCCUACAUAAACUGUUAUUAUUCUGA